GCGAUACAAGACACGCACAUAUUCACACCGCCUCCACCCAACGCUGCUUUCCGUUAGCACUUCCGAGUACCCCGCCAAAACAGGUCGACGAAACAUUCACGCCUACUUGACGGCCCUUCCCCCCCCGUUAGGCCGCUGUCGACACAACGCAGACUCACGCACAAUGGCUGACGAAGAGGGUGCGUCGCCACGCGAACUUAUCCUCGAGGCCUGCCGACGCAACAACACUGAACUCCUCGAAGAAACACUCAAGACUCUCACAGCCGCUGCUUCAAAGUCGGGAAAGAAGGCCGAGGAGUAUGUGGCCGACAUAUUGAACAAUGCACGCGAUGGUGUCGGCAACGGCUGCCUCCACGUUGCCGCGACAUUUGGAAGUUACGAAGUCAUCGACAUGCUUCUGGACCAAGAAGGCCUCGAGAUCGACGAGAUCGACCGCAUGGAGCAAGACACCCCCCUCCACAAAGCUGUGCGCUACGUCAACUCGCUCGACAAGUCCAUCUGGCCCCAUGGCCAUGAGAUUGUGGCCAUGCUCCUCGACGCAGGUUGUGACCCCCGGAUACGGAACAAGGCGAAGCUCAAGCCCGUGGAGCUGGCGGACCCCAGGAACACGGACCUGAGGAGCAUGCUACAAAAGGGCGAGUUUGCUAUGAUGGCAGGCGGCGACGUGGUCGAGGAUGACGAUGACGGCCCAACGGGAAGUGGUAGCGAUAGCGACUGAGACAUGGUACGAGAAGCAGUAAGAUUUGGGCAAGGUUUUGGGAUUGUGGCUAUGUGGUAGCCGGGCUAUCUUCAUUACGCAGAGGUGCAUGUGUACCUCUCAUCGCUGGCGCUUUGUGGUGCACACGGAACUGAAAGCAUACAUGGAAUCGGCCCUCGCAGCUAUCUAUCGUGCAAUCAUGCAGCACCCAAUCACUACUCCCAUCAUAUGUAUCACACCUGAUAUGGGGCAUCUCUGGUAGCCCAAACGAAGGGGCUCGUGGCUGAAGUGAUUUCGUACACCGUGUAGUUUGUUUGUAGACCAAGGUCGAAACUGAGUAGAGGCUAAUCAAUCUUGUUGCUGC